UGUAUGUUGGCGGCGUAUAAAGAGGGUCUGCCAUAUGCAUCUUGCAUCUGCAGCAUCACGGUGACUAGAACAUUGGAGCCUUCGGUACAUACUGAUCAUCACCCGCUCCUCACUCGCUCAGAUUCAUACCCAGAGGCCCAUCUCCAAACAUGCUUCUCCUGCUCUUCGCAUCGGCCGGCUUUGCUGCCGCGGCCGUCGUCUCCUCCAAGACCAAGGCCAAGCCGUCCACCAUCACCACGAUGACCGCCUCGUGCCAGAGCAUCUGCGCUGACUACAUCAACGAGUGUGGUUCUACCUAUGGCGGCUGCUUCGCUGAUCCGAAGUGUACCGGCGGCACCGCCUGGCCCACGUUCACCGCUCCGGCGUGCAACUCGACAACGAUCACCGAGAUCCUCCCGUCCACCACGCCAUGCCCAACCAUCUGUGCGGACUACAUCAACGACUGCGGCUCGAUGUACGGAGGCUGUUUCCCGGACCCGAAGUGCACCGGCGGCACCGCGUGGCCCACGUUCACCCCACCACCAUGCACCAACACCAGCAGCACCACCACGGAGCCGUGCCGCACCAUCUGCGUGGACGCCAUCAACACCUGCGGGAUGAAAUACGGUGGCUGCUACGAGGACCCGCAAUGCAACGGCGGGAUCAAGCCGACGUUCACCACGCCAUCCUGUACACCCAGCGCCAGCACCACAGUCAGCGAGCCCUGCGGCACCAUCUGCGUCGACUACCUGAACCCAUGCGGCUACCGGUACGGCGGGUGUUUCGAGAACCCGCGCUGCAACGGCGGUAUAUCGCCCACCUUCAGCACUCCACCAUGCACGCCCAGCCCAACCCCCACCCCCGCCUCCUCCUCAGCCUCCUGCGAUAGCAUCUGCACCGGCUACCCCAAUACCUGCGGCGGCUUGUACAACUACUGCAUGGCCGACCCGGCGUGCACCGGCGGCACGACGACGCAGUGGCCAACGUUCUCGCUGCCGGCGUGCACUCCCACUCCCACCCCAAACCCCUCCAUCACCACCUCCUGCGAUAAGAUCUGCACCGGCUACCCCAAUACCUGCGGCGGCGAGUACACCUACUGCAUGUUCAACCCCGCGUGCACCGGCGGGAAGACCACGCAGUGGCCCACGUUGUCGCAGCCCCCAUGCACAGCGACGGCUUCGGGCGGUGUCACUACCGUGACCAAGUUGGCGGUGAGGACUGUCAUGAGGAGGGAUUGGAAGGCGUAGGCUUGAGCCUUGAGAUUGUUGAGACGCAAGGGAUGAUUGGAUAAUUGGUGGAUUGGUUCGUGUUUGUACUCUAUAUACCUACGCUACUUGUCGUGCACGGUGGAGGAGGCGGACAUGACAUGACGGACAUAGCGAAUGAAAUGAAAUGAACUGAGAUGAUCG